GCAGCAGGAAGCUGAGCUGAAUGAGAAAGGACAGACAGUUACAUCAAAGCUCUGUGACCAGCUUGGUUUCAAGUGGAUUUCAAAUAGUCUCCAGUUCCACUAAUUCCUAGAAUGGCAACACCUCUAACCAACUUCACCACUGCCUGGGAUGACAUCAUAAAACAAAACACAACUGUUAUAUUCCAAGCAUCCUGCAAAUUUUCAAAGAUUCCAGCUCACCCUGUUUUCAUAUUUGCAUACUCACUAGUAUUUCUCGUCAGUCUGGUGCUGAAUUGCAUUACAAUGCGAGUGUAUUUCUGCACAAAUCAGCGCGCCCAGUCCAGUGUCAUGGUCUACUUGAAGAACCUAGCCACAGCUGACUUCUUCCUUUGCCUUUGUUUACCUUUGCGCAUUGCUAACUAUGCCAACUAUUCAGUGACAAUGCGCAAUAUUUACUGCAGCUUUGGGGCAACAGCGUUUUAUUUAAACACAUAUGCAAGCAUUCUCUUCAUGGACUUUAUUGCUGCCAACAGGUACCUGAAGAUUGUUCGGCCAUUAGAGACUCAUGCUCUGCAGACAGUUCGAAUUGCACACCACAUUUCUACAGCAACGUGGCUCUCCUUGUUAGCCAUGGCCUCCAUCUACUUAAUCCUCUUUCUCCAGACCUCCUGGGGUCACAUUCAAAUUCCAGAGGAAAUUGGCUGUGAUUCCUUACACAGUCCCCAGCUCAGAGUGGUCUACAAAGUCACUCACUCUAUGUCCAUGGUGCUUUUUGUUUUUGUGCUAGUUUCUCUGAUUCUACUAUACUGUCGAACUUUGCAAAAGAUCCGACAAGCUCAGUUGUCCACACAUGCUACAUCCAGAAGCUGUAAGUUCUACAAGUCUAAACGUAACAUGCUAGUGCUAGUAGUUGUUUUCUGUGUGUGCUUUGUGCCCUAUCACCUGGUGCGACUGCCUUAUGCGUUCAUCAAAAAAACACACAAGGAACAUUGUGUAGCAGCCCAGGCAUUCUAUAUCCUGAAGGAGUUGACUGUCCUUCUUUCAGUGCUAAAUGUCUGUUUGGAUCCACUUAUAUAUUUUAUAUUCUGCAAGGCCUUUAGGACCCAGCUGACCCUCAAGAAAAAGAAAGAUUUGCCAAGAUCCAGUCCAGAUAAGCAAAGGCAUCUGAGCAACAUGUUGAGCACUAUUGAGACAAAGGUGUCCACGCUAAGACGUGAAAGUGUGAAUUAAUGAAAUCAACAGCAAGUUGAUAUUUUGUCCUUCUAAACUGCAAUGACACAAAGCAAAUGGUUUAGAUGAAGGCUCUUCAAAUCAGACACAAUAUAAUCAAGAAAUUUAUCUUAAAGGCAUGAACAUGUCAUAUGCAUUUUCAAAGUAAAAAUUAAAAGAUACUUAAGGCUUUGGGGUUCUUCAGCUAUCACACUGGCUGAACCCUCUAGAGAUCCUCCAGGCACUCUUUGAAUUCUCUGUAAAUCUCUUAGACCCUGUUUACACUUGGUGUUAAGAUGCAUCUUAGGGGGGUAGCUCAGUGAGUAAAGACGCUGACUACCACCCCUGGAGUUGCGAGUUCGAAGGGCAGGCAGAGCGACUGCAGCCAGGUCUCAUAGGCAACCAAAUUGGCCUGGUUGCUAGGGAGGGUAGAGUCACAUGGGGUAACUUCCCCAUGUGACUCUAUCCAGGUGGUUCUCGCUCUCAGUAAGUUGUGCGUGGAUAAUGGCUUGAAGCCUCCACACACGCUAUGUCUCCACAGUAACGUGCUCAACAAGCCACGUGGUAAGAUGGAUUGAUGGUCUCAGACAUGGAGGCAACUGAGGUUCCUCCUCCACCACCUGGAUUGAGUCACUAUGUCAUCAUGAGGACUUAAAAUGCAUUGGUAAUUGGGCAUUCCAAAUUGGGGAGAAAAAGAGGAGGCAUCUCGUGUGAUCCAACCACAUGUGGUGAGAUGAGACACAUCGUUGUUUAUACCUGGUAAUUUAAAUGUGUCUCUUGAAAUGUAUUUUGAAGUUACUUGAGUACAUAAAUAGGAUAUUUAAGGAUCCUUUAAAGAGUGUCUGGAAGAUCUCAAGAUGGUUCAGCCGGUGUGGCGUUUGACCCCCAAAUUGUGCCUCGUGUAUCUUUAAAUUUUUACAUUGAGUGUUUAAAUUGUUUUCACUAUCACAUGCCUACAGUGGGAAAAAUAUCUAUUAGUGACCUCAUAGGAAGGGAUCAGUUUAAAAGAUUCACCACACCAGAACAUUUAUCUUAACCUCAACUUUGACCAUUUCUGCCUAUCCUAUUUGUAGUUGUGGAUGUAUUUGUAUUUUUUUGUUCAAGGUAUAGUGCAAUAUGUGCAAUAUAUAAUGGUAAAGAACAAGAAAAUUGUCUAAUUUUCUGCCCAGGCAAAUAAAGCAUAGGUCAAUAACAAUGUAUCUACAGGAAAGGUUUUAUGUGACUAUAUUUGUGUAUUUAUUGCAAAUUUUGUGUUGGUACCAUUUUAUUAGUGGAGAAAUAUUUAAUCCUGGUCUAGAAAAAUAUAGCAUUUGAAAUUAAUAAUAGCAUCAUUACAUAAUAAAGAU